AUGAGGAGGGAGAACCAGAGCAGCAUGUCUGAGUUUUUCCUCCUGAGGCUCCCCAAUCGACAAGAGCAAUGGGGCAUGUUCUUUGCCCUGUUCCUGGGCAUGUACCUGACCACAGUGCUGGGAAACCUGCUCAUGAUACUGCUUGUCAGGCUGGACCCUGGCCUCCACACCCCCAUGUACUUCUUCCUCUGCCAUUUGGACCUCACACAGGUUUCCUAUUCAUCUGUCACUCUCAGUAAGAUGCUGAUGAACCUGCGGACUCAGGAUGAAUCAAUUAACUAUGCAGAGUGUUUAACACAGAUGUAUUUUUUCUUACUUUUUGCUUGCAUUGAUAAUCUUCUUGCAGUGAUGGCCUAUGACAGCUAUGUGGCUAUUUAUCACCCUCCAUGCUAUGCCAUCAUCAUGAGAGAAGAGCUGUGUCUUUGCUUUUCAGCUGGAUCCUGGCUCCCCUCCUGGGUCAGUGCCCUGACCCACACCCUUCUCCUGGCUCGACAAUCCUUCUGUGCUGACAACAUCAUCUCCCACUUCUGUGACCUUGCUUCCCUGCUUAACCUGUCCUGCUCAGAUGCCUCUCUCUUGAGCUGGUCAUAUUCACUCUAG